AUUUUAAUAUCUUUGAUAUAAACUGACAAUCGUUGAUUUUGGCACAACUUUUGAAAACACGUGUCGAGAACCACAUACGUAAGUGCACACAUGGGUUUGAUAGGAAUUGAGGAAUUGAGAAGAGCAGAAACAAGAUGAAAGCCUAUGAUUACCUUGUUGAGUGUGGUAAUUCAGAUAAAGAGGGUAGAAGGGAGAAGUUGUAUGGCAACAGAGAGCAGUGAAACCCUGAUAAGAUACAAGUCACUGUUAAAAUCUACUUGGGCAGAGAAGACAUUAUCAGGUCAGCCUUGAAUGGGACAGUAACUGUUAGCUGGACAAUGGUCAUUGAUAAUAUAACCUGAGAGGAUUUCAACUGAACAAUAUUCAAAGACUUGGCAUUGUAAACAUCUUUAACAGUAUACAAAUGGAACAAAAAGGGUAGACAUUUUCUUAAAAUAAUCAUAAAUAAAAGAUUUUGGAAGAAGUUAUUGAAAUUGUGUCAUUACCAACUAUUAAUCUUUACAAUGUGUAUAUAUGAAGGUUUGGCGAAAAGUAUUGAGAAGCGAUAAGGCCUAAGUUCAGAGAUACUGCUCACGAGACAAUAUAUUAUAAGAAAUACAUUUUGGAGCAAAUAUGGAUAUUACACAACUAAAAACAGCAACCAUGUCAGUGCCGGGGACUUUACUACUACUUCCUUUGUUAUUCUCUUCUUCCACGAGUUCAACCAGAAACAACUUAGAAAUUCAAAGGAUUCCUAAUUUUACCAUUGUUGAAAAUCUGAACUUUACUCAUUUGGGCCUAAUGGAGGUUCAAACUAAUUUCACUGACAUUAGAAAGGCAAUCAAGGAAGCAAGGAGUAAAAAAUCAGAUAAUUGGGGAAUUGACACUAAAAACAUAAUCGCCUCUGUUAUUAAAGCACUCAACAUAACAACAGAAGACCUCAUUUCGGAGAUCUUUAAUAACACUAUUUUACGAAUUCCUGAAAUUAUCACUGAAAUAAAUAAGACGAUCAUAGACACUCAAGAUGAUUGCCCCAAGGUGUGUAAAUGCGGUUUUGAUAAUACCACAAAUAUGUUUCUUACCAACUGCAGUCAUCAGAAUCUCACAACCCUUCCAGAGGUGUUGCCAAUUGAGACGCAAUAUUUAGACAUCAGCAAGAACUACUUGAUAGUUUUAAAUAAAUCUACUCUGUAUCCACUGAUCGACCUACAAGUGAUGGACACCAGGGGGAACUACUAUCUAGAGAGAUUGCCCAUAAUCAGACUACGUGGUUUCUUCAGACAGAACAUCACCAAAAUCUACACAGAUUUUGGGAAAACUUGCUGUAUGUUUGAAAUAGAAUGGGAACUAGAUUCAGGCCCAGCAGUGCGCAGUCAAGCCCGUGAUGCCUGCCAGGCAGAUAUACCUUACACAGAGUGUUCACAGAGCCUUUUGACAAUGGAUGGCUUCAUCAUCUACCUUAUCAUUGUUAUCCUUAGUCCUAUCCUCAAUGGAUGGGUUUUGCUAGUGACAUUUGGAUUGAAGAAACGACGGACUAAGCCUACCACACUACUAGACGGCCACUUUGCUAUUGCAAACCUCCUCACAACAUUAUACAGUGCAGUAAUUCUGGUACAUGGAGUGAAAUACUACAACAGAUAUCAUUACGCCAUGGAAGAGUGGCUUCAUAGUGUUGGCUGCUCUGUGAUUGGUUACUUCUUCAUUGUUGCGACACUGAUGUCAACAUUUCUUUAUAUGAUUGACAUUGUCGAAGCAUAUGCUAAAAUUUCAAACCCAAUGCGAGAAUGGAAACAUUUAAAUUUAAAAACGACUUAUAUUAUACUAGCUGUAUUCUGGAGUCUGUCAUUAUUAGUUGCUGCUGUACCCCUAAUGGAGGGGAAAACAAGCUACAGUAGGGUGGGACUCUGUCUCCCUUUCUAUGCAGGGGAUUACAAAAAAGGAUUUGAGUUUAUCAUGCUCUACACAGCUGUCAUUAGUAGUGUCUUCCUAGUAACCAAUGUUCUACUUAUUCUAUUAUUGUGUUCGGUUAUCAAAGGAUCAAAGACAAUGACAGAGACGAUUAAAAAAGAGAAUACAAGACUGAUUAGAUUCAUUGCUGUCAUCAUAUUCAUAUAUACUGUUUUUUGGACAUUCAAUUUAGUGUUCCUUUUUAUGAGUUGCAUCGGAGGACAAAUUGGAUUCACAGGAAGGAAUAUAUUCUCUAGGACAAUUGUUUUAGAAGCUGUUGUAAACCCGCUAAUCGCAAGUUUCAGGAAAAAAGGCUUUAGGAGAGACUCACGAUUAUUGUUCAAAUACUGGUCCCGAAGCUGCUGUAACUCGCUGUACAACAGUGAAAUUUAUGGCAAAUAUGCCCGCAGGAACUCUAGAGCAGCUGCUAUGAGAUCAAUGAGCUUUACAAGUGUUCGAGAUAACAUAAACAGAGAAUCAAACUUCGAAACUACUGACAUUACAACAGUUGAUCAAGUGGCACCAAUCACAACAUCAAUUCCAGUAACUUUACAAAGUAUCAACAGUACAAGAUCAACAAAAGUUCAUUUUAUAUGUGACGACUGUAAUUGCCCUGUGAAGUAUGAAUUAGUAGACACUAAUAACAAGAAAGAGGAAUCUUUAACCUCAGAUGAUGCAGUUUCAUCAGAAAC